AUGUGGCAUAACGUCAAGAAACAAACACUUUCAUCUGAGGCCAGAUUGGCUAAGAUAGAGAGAGAUAAAGAAAAAAUUCACUCGUACAAUAAACUCAAAGACGAAAUUUUCAAGAUAAGGAAUGAAGGAUCACAUACCGUGGAAUUUUUGAAUAAACUCACAGACUUACUCGGCUUGAACCCAGAAUUUUACACGAUCUGGAAUAUAAGAAGAGAAACAUUACUGUCCCUUUUUCAUCAGCAUCAGCUAGACUCACAAUCAACAUUAGAAGAUGAAUUGAAAUUCGUAAUGGUGCUAAUGAAAAGAUAUCCCAAGUGUUAUUGGAUUUGGAAUCAUAGAUUGUGGUGUUUAUUUCAAUUGGGAAAAGAUGCAAAUUGGGAGUUUGAGUUGGGUAUUGUGUCCAAACUCUUGUCAAUGGAUGAACGUAAUUUCCAUGGGUGGCAAUAUAGAAGAGUUGUAAUCGAAAAUCUAGAGACUCAUGACGACCUAGAAAAUUUGAAAAUCAAUCUACAAGAGUUCAAAUUCACAUCAUCCAAGGUGAAUAGCAAUAUUCUGAACUUUUCUGCUUGGCACAAUAGAUCAAAGUUGAUACCAAAAGUCUAUCAUCUCGUCGGUAAACUUAACUAUCAAGACGAGCCUCUUUUUCAAUCCAAAGAAUCUUUGUUGUUACACGAGUUGACCUUAGUAAAUACAGGGAUGUAUGUUGAUAUCGACGAUUCUUCAAUAUGGGUGUAUCUAGAGUGGCUUUUGAGUGAUUGUUUUUUCAUUGACGAAUUAAGUAACGACAAAUAUCAUGACAUUUUGAAUGAUCAAUUGAAAAUUAUCAACGAGUUGAAUGAUUUGGAAAUUACAGACAACGGUAAAGAUAACUGCUGGUGUUUGAAGGCAAUGAUCAUCAUAAAUGAACUUUUAGACAACAGAUCUGCUGUAAGGCCCUUGUUAGAGAAACUAAUUGAUAUAGAUCCCUUACGUAGAGGUAGGUACAUUGAUCAAUUGGAUUCUUUUUGA